AGCUUCUUUUCAGCAAUUACAUUUUUCAAGCAGAUCGAUCGUCUUUAUAACAAUGGGGAAAAAAGACAAGAAGCAGCAGGAAACUGACGAUGGUUUCAAUGUAUUGACAGAAAUUACUGAUUUCAAAAAGCCGGAUACAGAAGCAGAAGAAAAAGCUGCUCGUAAAGCAGCAAAAAAGGCCGAGAAAAAAAAGCUAUCAAAAGAGGAGAGAGAGGAACUACGUAAAGUAAACCGUGAAAGCAGAGAAAAGAAAAAGCAAAAGAAAGAAUUGAAUAAGAAAAGAAAGAGAGGAGAGUUGGUAGAAGAAGAAGAGAAAGAGGAAACAGCUGGAGAGACACAGCCUGAGCCUACAGAAGAAGGACAAUCAGAAGACAGUGACGACAAGCCGAAAAAGAAAGCAAAAACCGAAAAACCAAAGAAGGAGAAGCAACCUGAAUAUGGUAUUUGGGUGGGCAAUCUUUCGUACAGCACCACAGUCGAUAGCAUUCGUAACUUCUUCAAAGAUUGCGGCACUAUUACCCGUGUCAAGUGUCCAAAGGGUAACGGAGCCAAAAACAACAAUAAAGGUUUUGCAUAUAUAUUCUUUGCAACACCAGAGGAAGCAGCAAAGGGUGUCGCUCUAUCAGAACAGAAAUUAGAAGGUCGUGCCUUGUUGAUUAAAGAUGCUGAUAAUUUCGAACGUGCCGACGGUGUUCAACCACCCACAGAAAAGGAGAAGAAAGAAAUCAAAAAGCAGAAGAACCCACCUUGUCCGACACUGUUUUUAGGUAAUCUGAGCUUUGAUACUACCGAGAAGUCCAUUCGCGAAGCAUUUGAAUGGGCAGGUGAUAUAAGAAAAGUCAGAGUGGCUACUUUCGAAGAUUCAGGAAAAUGUAAAGGUUUUGCCUAUGUUGAUUACUUCACAGUUGAAUCAGCCACAAAAGCUAUUCGUGCACCCGAUAAACAUAAUCUCGAUGGUCGUAAAAUUCGUGUUGAGUUUGGCAGUGCUGAAGCGCAUAUGAGAUCCAAGCCAUGGUUGGUCAGAAGACAAAAACAGCAAGGUUCGAAUAAUGAAAAUAUACCAGCUACACCCGCAAGUAAUGAAGAAAGCACAGACACGACUGGCGAAGCAGAAAAAUCAUCAGAAAGUAAUACUUAUAGAAAACGUAAGACAGAAAGAAGUGAUGGUGACUUUAGAGAAAAACGACCAAAGAAAGAAGGACGAAAGGCUGAAAGAGUGAAGCCAGGAAUGGCAUUAUCAACGGCACAAAGGCAAAAACCUUCAGUUCAAGAAUUUCAAGGAACCAAAGUCGUGUUCGACAAUGAUGAUUAAAGAUAUAACAAUUAGAUAUUUAGUAGCUUUACUGCUAUAUUGUAAAUUAUAAUUUUCUGCUAUACUCAUGUAGCUAAUGUCAAAGGUGUAACUUAAUAAUAAUGUGUUUUAUAGUAAAUUUGAAAUUUGAGCUUACAUUUUUAUUAUGAAAUGCGAACACAUUUUGCUCCGACCAGUUCAUAAAAGUGUGAAGAAUUCAGGAAAACUCUUGAUAGACAAAAUAAAAGUGUAUCAACUUAGGUGAAUUGUAAAGGGGCUCAAGAACUCGAUG